CGUUUUUGCCGCCCGAGCUGCCCGAAAAUAGGAAAAUAUUUUUUUAUUGUUUAAGUGCUUAUGAAGUACGGUAGUUCUUCCUUAUCAAUUUAGCGCUCUUUUAUGAAGGCCCCUGAGAGUGUCCGCCGUUUCUUACCGUUCCAAAAAGAGUUCGCUUUUUUUAACCCCUACCAAACUCAGUGGGCGUUUUUGAGUGGAGGCGCCUUGAGGAGUUUUACAGACAUCCACGUCCAAUUCAGAUUUCCUUUUUCGUGCAGUCGCGUCCUAGCCCAGCCACUAACUUUUUUUUUUAAUGUGGACAGGAUGGGUGGAGGGUAGGAAGAUGGGGGAGGGUUUAGGCAAGGACUUAAGUACUAGACAUGGCGUUGGGAAGUCCUGAAAUACUACACUUUUAAUUGCCCGGUUUCCCAUCUGUAUAUAUUUUGGGGCUGUUUAUUUUUCAGCAUGGCAUCUCCAAGUGUUUUAACAAAUGGAAACUAAGAGAUUGAUUGGUAAGCACCUUCAGCCAGCAAGAUCUCUGUGCCUCUCUUCUCGUGCAUCCUUAACCACAGUAUCAACAGACUCUGGUAGUUUUCAGGCUGACUUUCCAUGCAGUGCUUCUGUCUUUUUACAUAACGAAAUUAGUUCAAUAUGUAAAUCUAAUGGAAUGCUGGUUUUAAAUGACAAUUUGAUUCCUAGUCUCUCAGUGCAGCAUAAAAAUGAAGUCUCAAAAGAAAGAAUAACAUAUAGCAGAGAUUUCCUUCUGAAACUUUCAGAGGUUUCACUUGCCCAAAAGAAGCCAGAAUUUCUUCCUGAUCAUCCUAUUGUACUGGAAAAAUCAAAAAAUUAUUGUUUAUUACCCGCUACAAGCAAUGAUAGAUCUUUCUGAAGAUAAAGAAUGCGUCUCUUUUCACCAUUUAAAAAAAUUAAGGAAAAGUGAUCUGUAAUAUCAAUAGACUGAAUUCAGAUGUAUCUUUUACAGUUGGUGUAAUCAUCAGUAAAGCUAUAUUCAAGCAAAAAUGUAUGUGAAUCAACUUAAACUGGUGUCUGAUUCUGAACUAGUAUUAUAUUAAGAUUUUUGUAGUGAUAGAUAAAGGAAACAAUUGCUGAAGUGAAGCAGAAUCAUUAUCACUUGUCAAGUUUUAGGAAUGCUACAUAUGAAAAUAAGUUGCAGAUCCUAACAAGUCUCAUUCCUCACCUUUUAUUCUAGCAAAAUUCCAAAUAUUGGGAAUAUGCCAUAUAUCUCAGUACUAUAAACUGCUCAUAUCUUGUGGCUGUUUGCAUUUUGACUAGAUGCCAACUCAUAUCAUAAACUAAACUGAGUUUGGCAACAUGGACACACAUAACUUCUGUUUCCAUGCACCAACCUUCUUGCUAGAUUGUAGAACCUUUUAACAUCAAUAUGUCCAAAAAAAUGGUAUGAGCACUGGAAUCUUUGAUGAUUUUCAUGCCAAACAUUUAAGUUAUAAAUAGCAAAACAUGAUCAUCAAAGAUGUAGAUUGCCCCAUAUCCUUGGUCCCAAUUUAAUUAGCUGUAUAUAAGCAAUGUUUGUAUUGGGCUAUUACAAAUGCCAUGAUGACACAGUGGUUAGAAUGCAGUACUGCAGGCUAACUCA